AUGGGUCAAUAUGGGGACAUCGCGAGCCUCGACAGGCGCCAGAAAGAGGAGCUAGGCAAGCUUGGGCUUGGCAUUAAAGUCUCACAGACCCCCAUCCGCUACUUCACUUUGCUUCCCACCGAGCUCGUUGAUAUCAUCUACACCUACCUCCCUGGCCAUAUCUCAGUCAUCUUCUUUGCCCUGACUUCGCGCCGGCACUGGCAGAUCGGUCGGCCUCACAUCAGAUCGCGUGUCCUUGCAUUGACGACUUGGGCCGGUGACCGCAUCAUCUGCGUCGGAGACUCAUGCUGGGGUAACGAUGUGCCUCCCGGCCUAGAACUGACAUCCGCAGAGGAGACCGAGCUGCGCGAAGGCCGAACAAGAAGAGAUGUUACCGAGGGAUUUUGGAGUGACGAUGACGAUGACGACUUUGAAGACACAGAGUGUUCGACCCUGUUCGACCUUGUGGAUCGAUUCCGCUCCUCGGUGGAUGUUUUGAAAGUAGUUGGAUAG